AAAUAAUAAACUAGAAUCCUGAAUUAUUUUGAAAUGUUGAACAUUUCGGACUUUGCACUCGAAAAAAUAAAGGAUCUUGUGCCUUCAUGUGUACUAAACGAAAUAGCAUGUUUCGUAUUUUACGACGACCACCCGGCACAAAGUAAGAUAUGGGAUAUCACAAUAUGUACGAAGUAUGGAGAAGUUAAAGAAUACUACAAGUGUGAAGAAGUAUCGUCCCUAUUUCUUGGCAGUGAGAUUCAAUUUACAAAAAUGAGUAUUCUUAGGAAUAGCCAAGGACAGCUUUUCUAUCUGUUAGCGUCACAGACUGAAGUGAUAAUUUUAUCCAGAAAAGACAAAAUUGCAGUUCAUAAAAAAGUGACAAACGUAGAUUAUUACGAUAUUAAUGAUUGCGCGUGUAGAGGUGACGCGUGCCUUAAAGUUGUCUUAAAAGAUGAUGCGGUGCCUUUAAUAUUUGAUGAUAACUUUGAGAAUUUAGGUGAAAGGGCUGCAUCUUUAAGUGCAAUGUAUGUCGAUGACUCUUUGCCGAUUCUCACACAACUAAAGAGGAAAUUCAGUCAGGCUCGAUAUAGUAUACAGUGCAAUGAGAAGACUCGGAGAGAAUUUAUGGAUCUGCGGAAACUUACAGCUUUUGCUGCGGCAAAGAAACUGCACCCAAACUUAGAUGAUUCCAUGAUAAAUGAAAGCUAUAAUCAGGUUUCUGAGCAUCUGAAACUGAUAUCACAGACUCCAAGUGUUGCAGUUUGUGAUAAAAAAGUAGUUAUCACACUGAAUGUUAUCAAUAAGGGUAAAAUGUCCCUCCAUGAUGUUGGCAUACUUCUCCACUCCAAACAACCUUCAAUAGUGUACACCACCCACCUAUACCAACACACAACUGUCAGUCCCCGCUGGAAAGAAGUACACGAGCUACAACCAAAUAUACAAACAGCCAUACUAGCUGUUGUUGAUCUAACUGAACUGCAAUAUAGCACAACUAGAUUAGAUUUUAAUGGAGUAAUUUCGUAUAAAAGAGAGGGAAAAGAUUAUUUGAUGCCGUUUGAUUCUGUUGUGUUGCCAUAUUCUGAGUUUAUGGGGAAAGAGUAUGAUGUGCUAGCUAAUGAAAUUAACGACACCAGCAUCCUGCCAGUUCUCGGCACCACUAAAAAGUUAGAUCUGACAUUAAGAAUAAUAGACAACGCGUCAGGACUGACAUUGACUGACAUUUUCUGUCAACACAUGGCUAUGGAAUGUGUGGCUGGAGUAAGCAAUGCGGUCAUACAUAAGAUAUCUCCAUAUCAUGUGCUGAAUGGUGUGAUGGUGGUGUUUGAGGAGAAUGCUGUUCGUACACCUAUAGCAGUGUAUGUCAGAUCACAUAGUCAAGUGCUACCACUAAUACACUACAUCCACGAAGCCAUCCCACAUCGCAUCAUAAUAACGCCACCAAAUCACAAAAUCACAUCCACCGAACACUCCCUAAGCAAAUACAAUGAAGAAAUUACAGAAAAGAAAGAAAAAACAGACUAUGCCAGCUACGCUCCGUCUAUGCUACGCCAAACGGCUACGAUAUUAGAGUAUUUAGAUAAUUGUAUAGUCAAAAUGAAUGAAAGCAAAGAUGCUAAAUUGCAAAGCAAAAUAGGGAAAGAAAUUGAUUUAUUUGCCGGAGGAUUGGGAUUGUUUACGGAGUUUAGAAGUGAAUUGUUGGCCGAAUCAAGCAAAGGUGCCAAUGCCAAGUGUUUGAAACAAUGUGAAGUGAAACCAGUGGAUAGUGAGAGCGUGUUUCUGGAUAUUGAGUGAGUUUUGUUUUAUACCUUAUGUUGAUCUGAGUAAGGUUUAGAUUGGCGUAAUUGUAUUGUAGGUUUUACAUGUAGCCUGUGAUAUUAUACUUAAGAAUAAUGUACUAUAAAUCUGACUAUGAGUC